CGAUAGCCCCGAACUUAAUAUCUCAAAGCCUGCCCCUUAGAAGUCAAUCAGAAAAUGCGUACAACGACCAUUUCGAUUAUGAAGGGAAAGUGAACGAGAAAGAGGACACGACCUUAAUCAUUUAAGGACGACGUCAGGAGGAGAAGUGAUGACGCUCCUGCCUGCUUUCCGCCCUGAGUCCACUGUAUGGUUUCAAAUCUUACAAACCUUGACGAUUGUGUGGGUGUGGGUGGGGGAGAGUCAGAGUGUCGUUUACCUCACAACCAGCACAAGGGAAAUAAAAACAGCCCCACAGUCCUCAUCUCCGUUCCGACGACGGCGGGGGGGUCUUUUAAAAGUGAAUGCUCGGUAAAUAAUUCAUUAAAGAGGCAGGGUGCGUUUCUGACGAGGGAGAACCGGCGAGUGGGUGCGGGGACAAAGGUUAGACAAACUGAACCACAUUACUGCUGCUGCUCCUAGAAAUGAACUUGUUAUUGUGUUAUUGUCCAGUCCAAUUCUGUGACUGUGUGGACGCCGUCAGUCUGGAGCUCAGGAACGGGACGAACAGCGCUCUCCCGUGUCCUGGGAAUCGACUUCCCUCGGUUUCCCUCCCUCCCUCAUUACCACCCUCUCCUCCAGUGGCCGGAAGGGGGAUGUGAUGUCAAAAUCACAUUGAAACUUUUUUUCCCCCAUUUUUUUUUCCUUGUGUGUGCAGAUCUCCCAGAUACAUUUUUAAGGACGGGAGAGAAACAUUUUUUGUUUAAAAAAAAAAGAGAACUUGACAGGAAUCGCGGCGACCUGUGAUUUCUUUUCUGUCGAGACUGGAUGAGGCCGGGGAAGGGACCGGGGGGCGGGUGGUCGAAGAGGAGGUUUUCUUUGGCGUUUUAGAAGAAGACCACCGGCGAAAGAGCGCAACAGAGGUCACGCCUGCAGGAAGUAGCAGAACAGGACAGGAAGUGACAUCGCCUGCCGGGUUUCACAGCUUUUCUCCAAUCAGCGCGCAGAGCCCAGGUGACUGAGAUGUAGGUCUCGGUCUCUGGCUCUCUGGACAGACGCCCCGGACAGCUGCCCUGCCCACAAUGCUGCUCUUCCUGCUGCUGGUCCUCCCAGGUGACACGCGUGGUCAGAUAGACCCUGCUCAUUGCCGCUACCCUCUUGGCAUGCAGGAUGGCAGGAUCAAGGACGACGACAUUACGGCUUCCAGCCACUGGUACGAGUCCACAGGCCCACAGUAUGCCAGGUUGGAGAGGGAGGAGGGCGAUGGGGCGUGGUGCCCCGCUGGGCUGCUCCAGCCCACCGACGUCCAGUACCUGCAGAUCGACCUUCGCCAGCUCGUCUUCCUCACCGUGGUGGGCACGCAGGGCCGGCACGCCCGUGGCAACGGGAAAGAGUUCGCCCGCACCUAUCGCCUGGACUACAGCCGCGACGGCGAGCUCUGGAUCUCCUGGAGAAGCCGGACGGGAGUCAAGGUGAUUGAAGGGAACAAUAAUCCCUACGACUCUGUGAUCAAGGAUCUGCAUCCCCCCAUCAUCGCCCGCUAUCUCCGGGUCAUCCCUGUCACCAAUGUGCCCACCACAGUCUGCAUGAGAGUGGAGUUGUAUGGCUGUCCCUGGCAUGAUGGGCUGGCGGCCUACAAUUCCCCAGAGGGCCAGGUGAUGGCGGAGCCCGGCUAUUCUAUCGCCUACCUCAACGACUCCACGUACGACGGCUAUCAGGAGCGCAGGCAUCUCUACGGGGGGCUCGGCCAGCUGACGGACGGGCUGAUCGGGCGGGACGACUUCCUGCAGACCCACCAGUACCGCGCCUGGCCCGGGUAUGACUACGUGGGCUGGAGGAACGAGAGCCAGGGAUCUGGGCACGUGGAGAUGGAGUUCAUCUUCGACAAGCAGAGGAACUUCACCUCCAUGAAGGUGCACUGCAACAACAUGUUCGCGCGGGGGGUGAAGAUCUUCGCGGCGGUGUCCUGCCUCUUCAAGCCCCGGCUGAUCGCGGACUGGGAGCCCCAGCCCGCCGAGUUCAGCCCGGUGCUGGACGACCGCAACCCCAGCGCCCGCUUCGUCACCGUGCCGCUGGGCGGCAGGCCCGCCAAGGCCCUGCUCUGCCGCUUCGCCUUCGCCGACACCUGGAUGAUGUUCAGCGAGAUCUCCUUCCAGUCUGACAUGGUGAACCCCAGACUCAUUCCCAUCAACACCCAGUUGCCGUCUGGACUGAGCACCUCGAACCCGGAGCAAGAGUUUUCGACCCCCACCCCCACCCCAGCCUUCAGACAAGAAACCACGCCCCCGGACAAAGAUCACCAAGACGACAGCAGCACCUCGGUGCUGAUUGGCUGCCUGGUGACCAUCAUUCUGUUGCUGCUGGUGAUCAUCUUCGUGAUCCUGUGGUGUCAAUACGUGUGCAAGGUGAUGGAGAAGGCCCCCCGCCGCAUCCUGGAGGAGGAGGUGACCGUGCGCCUUUCGUCAUCCUGCAGCGACACCAUCGUCAUCCAGACGCCCCCCACGGCCCCCCAGGUGGACCCCCCUUACGAGCGGGUCUACCUGCUGGAUCCGGAGUACCAGAAGCCCCCCACCCCGAGGCACAAGCUCCCGGAGCUGUCCCAGAGCGCGGAGGACUCGGCAGUCACGCUCAGUAACCCUGCCUAUGACCUUUUCAUCCCCACCUCCCCCCCCCUCUGCUGGCGGGAGAUGGGGCCUCACCUUGCCUGGGUCAAUGGUAAGAGUGCCUGACUCUGUCCCUUUCCCGCCCCUGUGUCCCUCUCUCCAUCCCUCGCUUCCUCCUCCUCCUCCUCCUCUUCCCCAGUCUCUCGCCCUCGCGCCCCCUCUGCGCACCACGGUAUCUGUCGCCGGUCGCUCCCUCUCUCGGCGUGCGGUCAGGGUUCCUCUGGGUCCGCGCUCUCGGAAGG